AUGGACCUCCAAACCCCUAACCUGCUGGACUCAUGGCUGGAGCUCCCAGAAGAUAUCUUCUCAACAGGAUCCUUUCUGGAGCUGGGACUCCACUGUCCCGCUCUAGAGACCCCAGGGACUAGGCUACAAGAACCAGGGCUGGAAGGCUUGGAGUCCAGUGGGGGCUGUGGUUAUGGCCUUCAAGAAAGUGAACCGGAAGAUUUCCUGAAGUUUUUCAUUGAUCCCAAUGAGGUGUACUGCUCAGAAGCAUCUCCUGGCAGUGACAGUGCCAUCUCUGAGGACCCUGGCCAUCCAGACAGUUCCUCUGCCCUCUAUGAGGUUGUCUAUGAGGCAGGGGCCCUGAAGAGGAUGCAAGGGGAAGGUGGGCUGAAUGUAGGGCUCAUCUCCAUCCAGCUAGAUCAGUGGAGCCCCUCAUUUGUGGUGCCUGAUGUCUGCAUGGUCAAUGAGCUGCCCUUUGAUGCUCACACGCACAUCCUCACACGCACUAUAGCCCCAGUGCCUCCUGCACCCCUGCUGCCCUGUCAAACCCUGUUCCUGACAGAUGAGGAGAAGCGUCUACUGGGGCAGGAGGGGGUUUCUCUGCCCUCUCACUUGCCUCUCACCAAGGCAGAGGAGACGGUCCUCAAGAAGGUCAGGAGGAAAAUUCGUAACAAGCAGUCAGCUCAGGACAGUCGGUGGCGGAAGAAAAAGUACAUCAAUGGGCUAGAGGUCAGGGUGGCAGCCUGUUCUGCACAGAACCAGGAACUACAGAAAAAAAUCCAAGAGCUGGAGAGGCACAACAUCUCCUUGCUGGCUCAACUCCACCAGCUGCAGACACUUGUUGCUCAAACCUCCAACAAAGCUGCCCAGACCAGUACUUGUGUUUUGAUCCUUCUUUUUUCCCUGGCUCUCAUCAUCCUGCCCAGCUUCAGCCCUUUUCAGGGUCUACCAGAAGUUGGGCCUGAAGAUUACCAGCCUCACAGAGUGAUUUCCAGAAAUAUCCUGACCCACCAGGACAUAACAGAAAAUCUAGAGACUCAAAUGGUAGGGGAGCCACCUGGAGCCAAGAAUACAAAUGGCUCAACAAAGACACUGCUUGAGAAGCUCAGAGGAAAGACAGGACCUAGAGGGCAUAUCAGAACGGUGCUGCAUGCAGAUGAGAUGUAAGCUUGGACAGAGACAUCCUGGCUACUUACUGCCAAGUCACAAAGAGGACUCCAGGGCUUCCCAAGGGCUCUAUUUCUCCCGGGGAUUCCCACUUAGGUGACUCUGCUCUCAGAGGCCAGAAUCAUGUCUGCCAAUGUGACAGGGCAUCUGAAAUAGUUUUAUGACUGUGAUUUUAUGUCUUCUUUGGGGAUAGGGCUGAGGAAAAACAAGUUUUGAUUGAAAAAUAAACUUUUUAGUUAAAAUUGUAUCCCAGAAGUUUUAAAUAGGUAGAAUAAGGGCAAGAGGUAGCUGCCACCCUGUUUUCUCUCUAUCCCCAUGACUUCCUGAUCCAAAUUGUACUAGAGAAGGAAA